AUGAACGUCCGCGACCCCUUCAACCUCCACAAGAACUCAGCCCUCAACGUCUUCAAAGUCACGGCCUCCCGUGCUGCCCAGAACAUCAAGGAGAAGGCAGUAGAGGCGGGAACGAAAGCCCUGGACGACAUGUCUUUCAAUGUCCCCAAGAAUGUCCCUUCUUUUAGUAACCCUCAGCGAGCAUUGGAGGAUCGGUAUUGGGGCUCCGGCAGCGUGAACAAUCGAGGUCGCGCCGGCAACUCGGGUCUCUUCCAAGGCGUACAAGGACGGGUCGAGGACCUACUCGGCACAAAGGGCCAGCUUCCCAUGUACAAAGACAAGCCCUACUACGCUUCCCGGAGGUUUCGCCCUCUCUGGCGCAGGAAACGAUCCAUAAUCGGCACCCUGCUGGUCUUCUUCACCGGCCUGUGGUGGUUCGGCUUCUUUUCUGAAGGUUCCAAAACUCGAGAGUCGGCGUCGCAAUGGACUGGCUGGUUGAGCUCCUCCGAUCAAUCGGGCAAGAAGGUCGACUGGCUCAGCCGGCGCGAAAGAGUUGUCGAGGCUUUCCAGCUUAGCUGGGAUUCGUACGAGCGCUACGCUUGGGGCUACGACGAGUACCACCCGAUUGCGAAGACCGGCCGACAGAUGGCGCCCAAGGGCGUCGGAUGGAUCAUCGUCGACUCGCUAGAUACCAUGAUUCUGAUGAACCAGACCUCGCGCCUAGCCCAUGCCAGAGACUGGCUCGCCAACACCUUGACCUACAACCAAGAUCAAGACGUCAACACCUUCGAAACUACGAUUAGAAUGCUCGGUGGCCUGCUUUCCGCCCACUAUCUCUCGACCGAAUUCCCCGAACUGGCUCCCAUGAAGGACGACGACCCUGGUCAGCCGGGCGAAGACCUAUACCUGGAGAAGGCGAGGGAUCUGGCCGACCGUUUGAUGGCUGCCUUCGACUCCCCGUCUGGGGUCCCGUAUGCGAGCGUCAAUCUCGCCGAAAUGAAGGGCCUCGUCUCCCACGCUGACGGCGGCGCUUCCUCGACCGCCGAGGCCACCACCUUGCAGCUCGAGUUCAAGUACCUGGCGAAGCUCACGGGCGAGAAGGACUUCUGGGACAAGGUAGAGAGGGUCAUGCAGAUCGUCGAUGACAAUGUUGCCGAGGAUGGUCUGGUUCCCAUCUUCGUUUACGCCACGGACGGAAAAUUCAGGGGCGACAACGUUCGCCUGGGCUCCCGCGGCGACUCGUACUAUGAGUACCUGAUCAAGCAGUAUCUGCAGACGAACAAGCAGGAGCCGAUCUACCUGGAAAUGUGGGACGAAGCUCUCGAGGGAGUGCGUAAGCACUUGAUCACCUACAGCAAGCCGUCGGGCUUUACUGUGCUCGGAGAGCGGCCUAACGGCCUGCACAAUGAUCUGUCCCCGAAGAUGGACCACCUUGUGUGCUUCAUGCCAGGAACAAUUGCUUUGGGAGUCACCGGAGGUAUCCCUGAAGCCGAGGCCAGGAGAUUGCCUACGUGGAACAAGAAGAAGGAAGACGACAUGAAGCUGGCCCGCGAGCUUAUGCAAACCUGCUGGGGCAUGUACAAGUGGAUGGCAACCGGUCUCGCGGCCGAGAUUACCUACUUCAACAUCGACAACCCUCCUGCUCCCGCUUCGGCCUCGCACCAUCCGCCUCAGACCUUCGACCCUGACCCGCACGCCAAGUGGCGUAAGGACUUCGAGGUCCACUCCAACGACGUCCACAACUUGCAGCGCCCCGAGACCGUUGAGAGCUUGUUCUACAUGUGGAGAAUCACCGGCGACCAGAAGUACCGCGACUGGGGCUGGGAGAUGUUCAAGUCUUUCGUUAACUACACCGCGGUCGAGGACGGUGGCGGCUUCACUAGCUUGAGCAACGCCAACACGAUUCCUCCGGUUGUUCGCGACAACUUGGAGAGCUUCUGGAUGGCCGAGACACUCAAGUACUUCUACCUCUUGUUCUCGCCCAACGAUCUGCUGCCUCUUGACAAGGUCGUUCUCAACACCGAGGCGCACCCGCUCCCUCGCUUCGACAUGGGCAAGCUGUUCAACACGGGGUGGAAGCGCAAGCCUAGGAAGGAUGGAAAGAUCGUCGAGCAGGCCUGA